AUGAAGUUCUCACACAGCAUACAGUUCAAUGCUGUUCCGGACUGGAGCAGCCACUACAUCGCAUACAGUAAUCUCAAGAAACUCAUCUAUACUCUUGAAAAGACCGUUCAUCAGUCUGGCACCUCCGAUGUUGAGACCCGGCCACUCUUGCAAGGCGAGGACCCCGAAGCCGUCUUCUCCCGAGCACUCGACGUCGAGCUGGAGAAGAUAGUAUCCUUCUAUCAGAUCAAAGAGAAGGAAAUACUCGAUGAGGUGGAGGAGCUCAUCAGAGAUGUAGGUGCCUACGAAGAGUUGGGAGAGUCUGCCUACGAUAUAGCACCGAGGCCAUCGUCUGGACCUAGCGCCGAUCACGUCAGGCAGGUCGCCAGUGGUAGAAGCGCCCGCAGCGCAAAGUCCACCAAGUCCACCGAGGAUGGGAUCGAAGACAGCGAUAGCGGUGACGACGACGAUGACGAGACGUCAGCUCUGACCAAGAAACGGCGACCAAGCGUACUUGGCGGCAGCCGGCGGAAGACUGUGCCAAACCUGCUCGCGUCGACGACGGACAUGUCUGCUUCCACCGAAUUUCCGCGUUCAGCUCGACGGGCGAGUGUGGCCGCAUACGAUGAUUACGCCGACAUUGGCUCGAAAUUUUCUUCUGGUGUUAUGAUCAAGAAGCGCAUCAUUGCUCUCUACGUUCAGCUAUGCGAACUCAAGUCUUAUUCGCAGCUCAAUAAGACUGGUUUUAGAAAAGUUCUGAAGAAAUUCGACAAGAUCAUCGACACAAACCUGCGCCAAAAAUAUAUGCCCUCCAUUGUGGAGCCAGCAUAUCCAUUCAAGCCUGAGACGAUCCAGCGACUAGACGACCAUAUUUCGGAUAUCGAAAAGGCGUAUGCCGCAGUCGUUACAGAAGGAGACCAGGAGAUUGCCAAGAAGGACCUGCGGUCCCAUCUCCGCGAGCACGUGGUUUGGGAGCGCAACACUGUCUGGCGUGAUCUCAUUGGUAUCGAGCGCCGUGCAGAGGCUGCUAGCCUUGGCCGAGGUCUCUUGGGCGCCCAGCAGGACGGUAUGAAGACACGACUACAGGGCGAUGACGCGCCACUUCCCCAGACGAAGGAGAUUGAUACUCCCCUGGGACGAUUUACAUGCCCAACAUGGGUGCUCGGGAAGCCCAUGUUGACUCUGCUCAUCAUCCUCGCCAUCUUCAUCGUCCUACUUGUCGUACCAAUCAUGGAGCUCCCUGAGCAACAGAACUGCUUGGCCAUGCUCGUCUUUGUCAGUCUAUUGUGGGCUACCGAGGCUAUUCCUCUUUUUGUAACGUCGUUGAUCAUCCCGUUUCUGUGUGUGGUCCUCAAUGUGGUUCGCUCGGACGAUCCGCCAAACUAUAGGCUGGACUCAAAAGCCGCAACUGCAUACGUUUUCUCUGCGAUGUGGACUCCGGUGAUCAUGCUUCUUCUGGGCGGCUUUACUGUUGCCGCCGCUCUGUCCAAAACCAAAAUCGACAAGCGCAUCGCGACAUUCGUGUUGAGCAAAGCCGGAACGAAGCCGAGAACUGUUCUCAUUGCAAACAUGUUUGUAGCUGCUUUCGCCAGUAUGCUUGUCAGCAAUGUCGCGGCGCCUGUCUUGUGUUUCUCCAUCAUUGAGCCCAUGCUGCGAAACUUGCCAUCGGAUUCCAAUAUGUCCAAAGCUGUCAUUAUGGGUAUAGCAUUGGCCUCCAAUGUAGGCGGCAUGCUAUCUCCGAUUGCUUCGCCGCAGAAUGUGGUGGCGCUUGGCUUCAUGGAACCGGCGCCCACAUGGGCUCAGUGGUUCUUUGUCGUCAUUCCUGUCGGGAUCCUAUCUAUACUCUGCAUCUGGUUUCUGCUGCUGGUCACUUUCCAACCAGGCAAGGGCACAACCAUAGUACCGAUUCGAACCAUGAAGGAGGAGUUUACGAUUGGGCAAUGGUUUGUCUCUAUUGUUUGUCUCGCCACCAUUGGACUUUGGUGUGCCAGCCACCAGCUCGAGUCCACAUUUGGUGAUAUGGGCGUGAUUGCCAUCAUGCCGAUCGUCAUCUUUUUUGGAAUCGGCAUUUUGACCAAGGAGGACUUCAACAAUUUCCCCUGGACCAUUAUUAUCCUGGCUGCUGGUGGCCUGUCCCUGGGCAAGGCGGUCAAGUCUUCGGGUCUCCUUCACACGGUUGCCGAGAGUAUAUCAAAGGAAGUCCACGGCUUGGAUAUGUACCUUGUCCUGCUUAUCUUUAGUUCUCUGACAUUGGUGGUCGCAACUUUCAUCAGCCACACUGUUGCGGCCUUGAUUAUUCUGCCCCUGGUCAGCGACAUUGGCAAGGGAAUGGAGGAACCCCAUCCAAAUCUAUUGGUUAUGGCUGCUGCACUCAUGUGCUCGGCUGCCAUGGCAUUGCCUACGUCUGGUUUCCCCAACAUGACCGCGAUCAUGAAGGAGGAUGCCACAGGUCAGCGUUACUUACAAGUCAAGCACUUCAUCAGUCGCGGUGUGCCAAGCAGUAUCAUUACCAUGUUGAUUGUGGUCACCGUGGGUUACGGCGCCAUGCGGAUUAUUAGACUAUAA